UCUUCUCCCAGAAGUCUUACACCACCACCAGGAGGAGAUGUGCCUUCUGUGGAAAAACCUGCGAAGAAAGGGUGGUUCUCAUUCACUUCUUCUGCUCCCAAGAAGAACGUGAUAGAGAAAGCAGCUCCAAAUAAUUCCGAACCUGUGGAGAUGGCAAAGGAAGCUGAGUCCGAAUUACCUUUGCCAGACCGAUUGCUCGGUAGUGGAACUCGCCCUCCACAUCGCUUAGAUUUUCAGCUGCAGCCUGCGCUGACAGAUAAGAGUUACUGGUCGGUGUUGAAGAGCCACUUCAGUUAUUGGACGAAUGCUGAUUUGGCGUUGUUCAUGGCAAACGUACUUUUUGGCAAACCUAAUAGUUGUGAACAAGCGAAUGGUAUUGAAGCGCCUGGUGUUAGCUCAUAA